CACAAGACGACCAUCGUGCAGCCUGUCCUCGAACCCAACGACUCAAGAAUUGAGAUCUGGGAACAGAAAUACAACUGGACCCGCUAUGACAGCACUCUCUUGCUCCCGAAGGAGGAGUGGGACAUCAAGUCGGAGCACUCGCGCGCCCUCAACAUCAUGGGGCUGGUCAGCUUCGCCACGGUGCUGGGCCUGGCGCUGUCCAAGCUGGGGCCGAAGGGCAAGGCGCUGCUCGACUUCUUCCACUCGCUGUCCGACGCCUCCAUGGUCAUCACCUCGUGGCUCAUCUGGAUCUCGCCCGUGGGAAUCCUGUUCCUGGUGGCCUCCAUGAUCAUCGAGAUGGAGGACUUCAGCGUGAUGCUGGGCCAGCUCGGCCUGUACUUCGGCACCGUGGUCCUGGGCAUCUUCAUUCACGGCCUCUUCGUGCUGCCGACCAUCUACACGCUGCUGACGAGGCGCCUGCCCUUCCGAUUCUUAGCCAACAUGACCCAGGCAUACAUUACAGCCUUUGCUACCGCCUCCAGUUCAGGAACCCUGCCGGUAACUUUCCAAUGCCUUGAGGAGAAGAACAAGAUCGACCCCCGCGUGACCCGCUUCGUCAUCCCCAUCGGGGCCACCAUCAACAUGGACGGCACCGCCCUGUACGAGGCCGUGGCGGCCAUCUUCAUCGCGCAAGUCAGGGGCAUGUCGCUCACCAUCGGCCAGAUCGUCGCCAUCAGCAUCACCGCCACCGCAGCGGCCAUCGGAGCAGCCGGCAUCCCCCAAGCCGGCCUGGUGACUAUGGUGAUGGUGCUGGACGUGGUGGGACUCCCGGCCGAGGACAUCACACUCAUCAUCGCCGUGGACUGGUUGCUGGACCGGUUCCGGACCCUGAUGAACGUGCUCGGAGACAGCAUAGGCGCCGGGCUGGUGUACGAGCUGAGCAAGAAGGAGCUGGAGAAGAUGGGGAACGUGAACGCCAACGGGGACCUGGAGCGGCCCUCCAGCGAGAUCGGGAUGGACGCCGUCGAGUCCAGCAAGAUGUGAGAGAGCGAGAGAGAGACGGUACCGCCGACGCCCUAGCUUCGAGCUGAUGAGAAAAAGCGCGACCAGCUCCUUUCGCCGGUUCCUCUCUCGCUUCCACGUUACAGGCUCCUCCUGCAGGCUGUAGUACACCUCCCGGGGAACCUGCGCAGGGCUGGAUAGGGUUCAGCAGCCGCCCCAAACGAAACACUUUCUGCCGGUGGCGUUCCGAGGGCGUUCGCUUGCGCCCUCGCUCUUUCCCCGACCCUCUUUAAAAAAAGAAUGAUAAUAUACAAACGUUUACAUAAACAGGGAAAAGCAACUCUUGUUCAGGGUUUAACCUCUGAAGAAAUAUCAGGUAUGUGUUGUUUUUGGGUGAUUCAUAGUUCCACUAAGACGGAGUUUCGAAGAUGCUAGGAACAUUUUUUACGCGCCGAGGUGGUCCACAUCCGCCGAGUUUCGUAGCUGAAUACUGAUUCCAGUGUCUAAGACUUCCACAACUUUUUAAUAAUAAGAGCAAAAAUAAAUAUAAAAAAGAUG